AUGGCUUUGGGCAACGCUCUCGUGACGUCUCUUGGUUUCUCUGACUCGACCUGGAAGUACUACUUGUUCAUCUUCCCUGCCAAUCUUCGGCAAGGGGUCACUUAUCCUUCGACAUUGUUUACGAACAUCGCAACUUUCGAGCAUUCUGAUCACGCAGUCUCAGCAUCAACCGUCUACCUCAUCCGCAACAUGGGGUGUGUCUGGGGUGUCGCAAUCACUUCAGCAAUCGUCCAAAGCGUCUUGACAGCCAAGCUACCAACCGUGCUGGAAGGUGUCAAAGACAAAGCGCAGAACCAGAUCAGCGACGAGAUCCGCCAUUCAGUAACGGCCCUCGAACACCUCUCACCCUCCAUCCAACUCGCCGCCCGCAUGGUAUACUACGAAGGCAUACGCUACGCCUUCGCAGCCUCAACAGCAUUCGCCCUGCUGGCGUUCGUCGCCGCGUUGUUCGCAAUUGGGAAAGGCCUAAGACAGACACACAAAUAG